GAGAAUCGAUACAUAUUGAUUAUUGAAUUAAAUACUGUUCAUUCUCCUGAUAAAAUAUUCCUAACGUGGUAAACGAAUUUAGAAAAGAAUAGAUUUGUUGCAAAUAUUUCAUGUUCAAAAUGGAACAAUAUCCAGAAUUUGUGGAUUUAUUGCUUGCAAGACGAAAAGAUUAUGAUAUUUUGUGGAUUUCUCGGUCAAUGGAUCCAUUAGCACCACACAAACUUCCAUUAGAAUCUAAAUACUCCAGAAAUGAAAUGAUACAGGCAGUUUUAAAUGAUGAAAAAGUUAAGGUAGCAAUUAUUUCUUUGGCUGCAAUACUCCAAACAGAUAUCAAAAAAGUUAUCAAAGAAGCUCAUAAAAUAAUAAAUGAAAUGGCUAAUAAAGCACAUUUGCCCAGUGUUCGUUUCAUGGGUUUAAUUAUUACAAAAGUUCUUAAAAGAAUUUUUAUGAGCAUUUAUAUAAAUGAGAAAUCAAUAUACAAGAUGAAAAAGGAAAUGCAAAUUUCUCAAGUACAAUAUGUUUAUGCACCUUCUCAUAGAAGUUACUUAGAUUUUAUAUUAUUAUCAUAUAUUUUAUUCUCCUACGAUAUGGCCCUUCCAAACAUUGCAAGUGGAAUGGAUUUUUAUCACAUGUACAUAAUAGGAGAAUUAUUAAGAAAAUCAGGAGCUUUUUAUAUGCGGCGCAGUUUUUCUAAUGAUUUAUUAUAUAAAAGAAUAUUUAAUGCAUAUGUAAUGUCUCUAGUAAAACAUAGUGACAGAGCAAUUGAAUUUUUCAUUGAAGGCACUCGAAGUAGAAGUUUAAAAAGCAUCAUACCAAAGUUCGGUCUCUUGUCAACUAUUUUGGAGAGUUUAUUAGAAGGAAGUGUACCUGAUAUAUAUUUUAUACCUAUUAGUAUUAACUAUGAACGACCACUAGAAGAAUUGUUAUUUGCAUACGAGCUUUUGGGAGUGCCGAAACCAAAAGAAUCUACUGCUGGUUUACUUCAAUCUCUAUUUAUUUUACAAAAAUCAUAUGCUUAUGGAUCUGUUGUUUUUAAUGUUGGUGAACCUAUUUCUGCAUGCCAAUUUUUAUCUAUGGAACACCGCAAAGCGAAAGUAUUAUCACCUUAUGCAAAAUUACCAAUAUCUGUUGUUAAAAACUUAGCCUAUUGUAUAAUAGAUUCACAUAAAAAAAAUACAAUACUCAUGCCUUUUAAUUUAAUUACUUUAUUAUUUAAUGAAAGAAGUCAAAUACAUCCAGAUAAUCCAUAUACAUUAAAUUAUUUAAUCAGUGAUUAUCUAUGGUGUAAAAAGCUUUUACAAGUAUUCAAUGCCACAAUAUAUAUAGGAAGAUCAUUUGAUACAAAUAAUCAAAAUGUAAACAAUGUGGAGCAAGAAAUAUUAAAUAGUUUAAAAUGCCAUGAAGAAUUACUUAUAUUUGAUGCAUCACAAAUUUUGAGACUCAAAGAGAGACACAGAACAACAAAACUGGGAAGUAAUAUUCGUGUUAAAGGUCAUACCUUAUUAGAAAGAACUAUGAGAAUAGCUGUGCCUGUCAUUAAUAUUUCAAUUUAUCUAAAUCCAGCUUUAUCUUUUCUAAUAAAACCAGCUAUUGUUACUGUUGCAAUGGGAAUAGAAGGAAGCGAACUUGGAAAUGCAUUUAAACAAUAUGUAUUAUUAAGAAGGCUACUGACUACGGAAUUUGCAAUGCCUUUAAUAGAAGAUGAAUCUGUAAUAAAAUCUGAAUGGGAGGAAACAUUGAAUUCGCUAUUGAAACAAAAUUAUAUAAGUAUUCAGAACAAUACAUAUAUACAAAGAGAAGAUACCAAAGUAUGCUCUCUUCUUUAUAAUGUAAUACUACCAUUUAUAGAUACAAUAUAUGUUACAUGUCUUGUCCUAUUUGAGUGGGAUGAAUCAAAAUCAAGUUGUAUAACGACACAAGCAGUUUUGACUGAAGCGCAGAAAGAAAUAGAAAAAGCAUUUCUUGAAGAGCGGCAAUGGGGACAACAUCCCUAUUCUUUAUCAAUCGACUUAGUUAAUACUACAAUAUCUAAUCUCAUUACACAAGAUAUUUUAGUACCUCAUGAGAAACAAAAUGCUUACCAAGUAGAUAAAGUCAAACUAACACAAAUUCUUGCACAGUUGCAAAAUCUUUCAUUAAAGCGACCAUUAGGUUCAUACCUUAAUGCAGUAUUACUGCCUAUAUUACCACCACCUGUUUCUGCUAAAUUAUAAAACAGAGUAUAUAGAACAAAAUUGAGAAGAUACACAGCAAACGUGAGAAAUGAAAUAGCCAUAAGUGCACCUUCUAUGGAGGGAAAUCCAGCUGCAUGCUCAUGAUCAUAACUGUGAUCAUAAUGUUCAGUACCCCUUCUUUUGCGAGCAACCAUUAUACUUCCUGCAAGUUGGGAUUCUGAAAAUAUUAUUAAAAAUACUUUUUUGGAAAAUACUUUAAAAAUUACUUGUUGACAUGUCAUAUACAUCAAUUAAUUUUUUAAUCUCUGUUAUCGUGUCAGUGUUAUCUUUAUUUAUUGUUACCUAUUUCAAUCAUUAAUGUAUUUUCAAAUGUUCUUAAAAAUUGAAUUUUUCCAUCAAUUGAUGUUGGUUGAGAUUUUAAAGUAUAAUGAACACUUCUAAGUAUAUCUACUGGAAGGUAGUUCAAUAGUCCUGCAUCAUUAAAAGUAAAAGAUUCAUUUA